AUGGGCGUUUGCCGACAGAUUCGUUUGAUCUUAUGGAAAAAUUUUACUAUUCGACGUCGACGAUGGCCUCGAGUGAUAUUUGAAUUAAUUUGGCCAUUAUUUUUAUUUUUUAUUCUUAUGUGGGUUCGAACAAGAAAUUUAACAUUUUAUUAUGAUGCUUGUUAUAAUGAUCCAAAAUAUCUUGGAGCAACUGGAUUUUUACCUGCAUUACAAAGUUAUAUUUGUCAAUGGAAUAAUACAUGUUAUAAUCAAUCAAAAACAACUGAUGAAUUUCAUGGAGACGCAUCGUUUUGGAACCAAUUAACAGAUUUAAGUGAAAGUCUUUCGAUUAUUUUUAAUGAUGAUAAAACGGUUAAUUUAUUUGAUAAACUUUUUACACAAAUUAAUUCAUUACAACGUUAUUCGACUAUUUGGAAUGGUACUAUUUUGGCAAAUAAAAGCACGAAUGAUUUUAAUCAAUCUAUUCCAACAACAAUAAUCAAUACACUUUUUCAAAACCCUGUUGGUUUAUCUAAUCUUCAUCAAUCAUGGUUUAUGAAUCAUACCAAAAGAUCUGAGUCGAAUUUAAAUAUUAUAAUACAAAUAUCUUAUUCACGUUCACAAAAAAACUUUUCCUUUUCAUAUCAAUCAGAAACAAAUAUAAAACAAUCAUUUUGUAAUAAAACAGAAUUUAAUAAAACUUUUCUGAUUAAUUCACCCGAUGCAAUUGUACCAAAAAAUUUUUUAUGUAAUAAUUUAUCAGCAACUGAUCUGAAAUUAUUUCUGAUCAGUGUACAAAAUCAGUUGGAUGAUAUACUUUUGACUAAUAUGGCACCAGAUAUUGUGAAACUUACUAUGAAUGGAAUGCAAGCUGCUCGAACUCUGGAACAAAUUCAUUCUCGUUUAAACAUACUUAAUGUUAGCUUUUCAUUCAAUGAAACCAAUAGUAGUAUUAGUUUAACAUCAUUAUGUGGUGGUCGUAAUGAUUUAUCACAGUUUUUUACUAUCAAUCAAUCUUCAAAUAAUCAAAGCAACCAAAGUGAAACUACUCAAAAUAAACAAACAGAAACUACUCAAACACGUUCUACAGCUGAUGAUACUUUAACUAUGUUUAAUUAUAACAGGUUAGCAGAAAAUUUAUUAUCUUAUGAUGAAUCUGAAAUAUGUCAAGAAUCAUAUAUAACUGGUUCUGGUAAAAUUAUGCAAUUUUCAACAGUAAAUCGUACAUGUCGCUGUGCUUUGUUUGAUCAAGUAUUCAAUUCAAAUACUAUUCUACGACAAUUUGCAACACUAUUACGUCCUAUUCUAUAUGGAAAAAUCUAUUAUCAUCCAUCAAAUAUUCAUUAUGAUAAUAUAAUUAAAAAUAUUAAUCAAACAUUUGAAUCAUUAGAUGAACUUGUUCGAUUACUUCGUCAAAUUGAAUCUACAAGUCAAACAAUAAAUGAUAUAAUACCAGUAUUAUGUAAUUCAUUUUCGAAUUCAUCAUUAAUUUGUCAACAAUUUACAACAUAUCAAACAUCAAUGAAUUUAUUUAUAGUUUUAACUGAAUUUCUUGCUUGUACAGAACGUAAUCGUUUUAUUGCAAUGGAUAGUGAAUUAGAUAUGGUCUAUGCAGGACAAAAUGACUCUGUAACAAAUAGUUUUCUUGCCGCAAUUGAAUUUAUGGAUACUAUAGGAGAUAAUGAUAGUUUACCUACACAUAUUCGAUUUAAAAUAAGAAUGGCACUUGAUUAUGUUGAUAAUACAUUUCAAACAGCAGACAAAUAUUUUUCAUACGCACCUCGUGUUAGUGCACCAAUAUCAACAAAAUAUCAUUCAUAUUUAUUUAUUUAUUUACAAAAUGCUCUUGAACGUGCUAUUAUAUAUGCACAAACGGGAAGAAAUAUUUCCUAUGGUAUACAAACACAACAAAUGCCGUAUCCAUGUUGGAUUAAUGAUAAAUUUUCUAAUGCCAUUAGUCGAAUGUUACCAUUAUUUAUGGUAUUAAGUUGGAUAUUUACAGUUUCAAUGAAUGUGAAAGAUAUUGUUCAUGAAAAAGAAAAACGAUUAAAAGAAAUAAUGAGAAUAAUGGGUUUGAAUGAUUCUGUUCAUUGGUUUACUUGGUUUAUUUUAUGUACAGCUACUAUGUUGUUAAUAGCAUUUUUUCUUAUAUUACUUUUAAAAUUUGGAAAAAUCACACAAUUUUCUAGUUUUUCUGUAUUACUCGUAUUCUUCAUAAGUUAUACAGUCGCUACUAUUACUCAAUGUUUUCUUAUCAGUGUAUUAUUUAAUCGAGCUAAUUUAGCUGCUUGUGGAGCUGGAAUUAUAUAUUUUGUUCUCUAUUUACCAUAUACUAUAUUAAUUAGUUAUGAUACUCAAGUAAAAAUAUGGCAAAAAGCAGUUGCUUGUCUUUCAUCAACAGUUGCUUUUGGAGUUGGUUGUGAUUAUAUUGCUCGUUUUGAAGGUAUGGUUGAAGGUAUUCAAUGGUCGAAUAUAAAUCGAGGUGUAAAACCUAAUGAUAAUUUUACAUUUCUUUAUUGUAUUAUUAUGAUGUUAAUCGAUUCGGUGAUUUAUAUGUUAUUAACUAUUUAUAUUGAAAAUGUUUUUCCCGGUGAAUAUGGUAUUCCACAAGUAUGGUAUUAUCCAUUUACAAAAACAUAUUGGUUUGGUUAUAAUGCAGAAAAUAUCCGUCAACGUACGGAACAGAUGAAAUGUGAUAUUUUAGGUGAAAAUGAUAUAGGAGAACUUGGUAUUAGUAUUGAAAAUGUAUCGAAAUAUUUUGGAAAUAAAAUGGCAUUGAAAAAUUUAUCUGUUAAAUUUUAUCGUAAUAUGAUAACAGCAUUUCUUGGACGAAAUGGUGCUGGAAAAAGUACAACAUGGUCCAUAUUAACUGGUCUAAUACCACCCACAAGUGGUACAAUAUAUAUUGAUGGUUAUGAUAUAUUAACAGAUAUAAAAAUUGUUCGAAAACGUCUUGGUUUUGCGCCUCAAUAUAAUAUUUUAUUCGAUUUAUUAACAGUUAAAGAACAUUUAGAAUUUUUUUCUGCAUUAAAAGAUGCACCAAAAGAAUCAAUUGAAACAGAAAUACAUAAAAUGUUAAAUGAUUUAGCAUUAGAAAAAAAAGCAGAUAAUUAUUCCACAGAAUUAUCUGGUGGAAUGAAAAGAAAACUUUCAAUUGCUAUUGCUUUUGUUGGAAAUUCAACAACAGUUAUUUUAGAUGAACCAACAGCAGGCGUUGAUCCAUUUGCUCGACGAGCCAUAUGGGAUCUUGUAUUAAAAUAUAAACCAGGACGAACCAUUGUAUUAUCAACACAUCAUCUUGAUGAAGCUGAUUUAUUAAGUGAUCGUUUGGCCAUAAUAUCUUCUGGUGAAUUACAAUGUGUUGGUACACCAAUGUAUUUAAAACGAAAAUAUGGUGAAGGUUACAAUUUAAUUAUUGAAUUAGCAUCAUCAUCAGAUGAUAGUGUUCUUAGACCAAUUAUAAAUAAAAAUUCUUCGAUUAAUUCAUUACGUUUUUUAAAAUUAACUGAUUUUCUUCGUCAGUUUAUAGUUGAUAUUUGUGUAAAAGAACAACAUGGUGAUCAAAUAACUUAUAUUUUAAUCGAUGAUGCUAAACAUACAAAAUAUUUUCCAAAAAUGCUUGCUGAACUUGAUGCGAAUAAAAAGAAAUAUCAAAUAAAAAGUUAUGGUUUAUCAAAUAGUAGUCUUGAACAAGUAUUUCUUCGUGUUGCUAAUGAAAUUAAACGACCAGAAGAUUAUGAACGUUUAUCAUGGUGGAAAAAAUUUCAAAAUCGUUUUAAGAAAUCAGACAAAAAAGUUGAAGAACAAACACAAAAAUUAGAUGAUACUAGUAAUGAUAAUGAUAAUGAUGAUGAUGAUCAAUUAGAAACCAAUACAGGAUUAAGUAAUGAAUGGAGUCCUUAUACUGUUGAACGAUAUACAGGUAUACAUCGUACAUUUAUACAAAUAAAAGGUUUACUUAUUAAACGUUUUCAUCGAACUAAACGUAAUAUAAAAGGAUUAAUAGCUGAAAUACUCCUUCCAAUUAUUUUCAUAUUACUUGCUAUGCUUGUUACAACAUUAUCACCAAAUACUGAUACACCACCAAUGCUUAUUCUUCAUCCGUGGUAUUGGAGUAAUCCUAAUUAUAUAUUUCAAUCAUUAUCGAAUAAUAAUGCUUCGAAUAUAUCGCAAACAAUUCAACAAACAUUUACAAAACCACCAUCAUUAGGUACACGUUGUAUCCCGUCAACAAUGCUUAAUCAAAAAUUAUAUCCAUGUUCAAAAACAAAUACAACUCAUGUUAAUGUUACAACAAGUUAUGAUAUAAUGAAUGCAUUAAAUCAAGUUAAUUAUAAUGAAACAUGUAUAUCACCAGAAUGUGAUUGUUGGCAAAAAAUGCAAACAUGUCCAAUAGGUAGUGGUGGCCCUUCAGCUAAUUAUGAUAUAAUUGAAACAAAAGAUAUUUUAUAUGAUUUACAAGAAUUUAAUAUAAGUGAUUGGAUAGUAAAAACAGAAUAUAAUCUAGAAUAUUUAAUGAAACGUUUUGGUGGGUUUGAAUUUUUAUUACGAUAUAUGCCGAAUGAUGUACAACUUGUUAAUGAAAGAUUAAUUAAUCAAAUAAUUAAUAUAACAAAUCCAAAAAAUCAAUCAUCAUUAUCAACAAUUGAUGCAACAAAAAUUGCUCCACUCUUUCGAAUUUUUCCACCACAAGCUUCAAUUUGGUAUAAUAAUAAAGGAUGGCCAGCAAGUGUAGCAUUUCUAAAUGUAUUUAAUAAUGCAUUGUUACGAGGUCUUCUCUUACAAAAUAAUUCCACAAUGUCAGUUGAUAAUUAUGGUAUAACAGCAAUAAAUCAUCCAUUACCACAAAGUCAAAUUGAAAUCGAUAGUGAUGCUUUACAAAGUCUUGCUGCAAUUCAACUUUUUACAGCAAUAUGUGUUAUAUUUGCAUUAGCAUUUAUUCCGGCAAGUUUUCUUGUUUUUCUUAUUGAUGAACGUAUCACAACAUCAAAACAUUUACAAUUUGUUAGUGGUGUUAAAGGUAUAACUUAUUGGUGGGGAAAUUUUCUUUGGGAUUUAACAAACUAUUGUAUAUCAAUAGCAUUUUGUGUAAUUAUAUUUCUUGCAUUUGAUAUUCAAUCAUAUGUUUCUGGAAGUAAUCUUUUAUGUCUAGUAUUAUUAUUAUUUCUAUAUGGUUUUGCUAUAAUACCAUUAAUGUAUCCAAUAAAUUAUUUUUUUCAAACACCAUCAACUGGUUUUGUACUUAUAUCAUGUAUUAAUAUAUUUAUUGGUAUAAUAACAACUAUAUCAACAUUUACUUUGGAUAGUUUUGAUGAUGAACCUGAUCUUGUACGAGUUAAUAAUAUAUUAAAAAAAUUAUUUCUUAUUUUUCCACAUUAUUGUCUUGGACGAGGUUUAUUCGAUAUGAGUAUAACAUAUCAAACUAAUGCUAUCAGUACUAAAUAUAUUAUUGGUUAUGUUUCUACAUCACCAUUUCAAAUGAAUAUUGUUGGACAAAAUCUAUUAGCAUUAUUUUUACAAGGGAUUAUCUUUUUUAUAUUUACUAUCCUCGUUCAAUAUCGAUUUUUUAUACCUGAUCGUGGUUGCAUUCAUAUGUCAACAAAUAUUAAAUCUUCAAAUGAAGAUAAUGAUGUUGCUACUGAACGAGAAAGAAUCUAUAAUGAUUCUAAUAAUACAAGUAAUGAUAUUCUACGAAUGGUUGAUUUAGUGAAAAUAUAUGGAUGGUUAUUUGGUAAACAAUUUACAGCUGUUAAACAAACAUGUGUAGGUAUAAAACAAGGUGAAUGUUUUGGUUUAUUAGGUAUAAAUGGUUCAGGCAAAUCAACAACUUUUAAAAUGCUUACUGGAGAAAUAUCUAUGACAGAUGGUAAUGCAUAUAUUAAUAAUUAUAGUGUUAUUAAACAAUUAGAUAAAGUUCGAGAAAAUAUCGGUUAUUGUCCACAGUUUGAUGCAUUGGAUUCGUUAUUAACAGCACGUGAACAUCUUUAUUUUUAUGCUCGUUUACGUGGAAUUAAAGAAAAAAAUAUUUCAUUUAUUGCUGAUUGUUUAUUAAAACGACUUGGUCUUACACUAUGGGCUGAUCGACCAGUAAAACAUUAUUCAGGUGGAAAUAAACGAAAAUUAUCAACAGCUAUUUCAAUUAUUGGAAAUCCAUCCAUCAUAUUUAUGGAUGAACCAACAACAGGAAUGGAUGUACGUGCUAAACGAUUUCUAUGGAAUUGUAUAUUAACAUUAACUCGUCAAGAUCAAAAAUCUGUUAUUAUAACAUCCCACUCAAUGGAAGAAUGUGAAACAUUAUGCAAUCGACUCGUUAUUAUGGUUAGUGGAGAAUUUAAAUGUCUUGGUAGUGUACAACAUUUAAAAGAAAAAUUUGGUGAUGGUUAUACAAUACUUGUUCGAACAAAUAUUGAUGUAAAAAGAAAAGAUAUUAUUGAUUAUAUUCAACAAUAUCUUCCAGAAGCUAUUGUUAAAGAAGUACAUAAUAAAAUGAUACAUUUUCGUGUAUCAACAAAUGUUCCGUUAUAUAAAAUGUUUAGUAUAUUAGAAAAAGCACGAGAAGAAUUAUUAAAUCUUAUAGAAGAUUACACUAUUUCACAAGUGACACUUGAUGAUGUAUUUGUAAAUUUUGCUAAAAUGCAACAAGAUGAUCAAAUAAUAGAACAAAUAUCUAAUCAAGAAAAUCAUUAUGAAUUAAUGCAUCGAACUAAUCGUAUUGAACCAACGUGA